UCAGGACUAAGUAGAGCAGAGUGAAAGUGGAGAUAGCUCUCUCUCUUUCUAUUGGCCAGCGCUACGCGGUUUUGCGAGUGGUCACUCAAGUUCCUUUAUCGAGACAGUCAGCCGUGGCGUCCAGUUUAUAAUCUAAGUGGUUGUGUUUUAAUUAAAUCGAAGAUAUUUGCAAGAUGCGUGUCUUUCUUGUGGUGUGUUUGAUUGGAGCAGCUCUCUGCCAUACAUCUGAGCCCACACCGGAAGAUGGGAAGGAGAAAGGGCUCAUCGACUGGAUCAGUAACUGGCUUGGAUCCACCACCAGCUCACCUCCACCAAUACAGCUACCAGCUAACGACCCGCCUUCUGACUGCCCAGCUUGCCAAUGCGGGAUAGCUCGCACAAGGAGGCGUAUCGUGGGCGGAUCUGAGACCAAGCGGUUGGAGCUGCCCUGGAUGGUGGCACUCCUGUACGGAGGAAGAUUCUACUGCGGCGGCUCUGUCAUCAGCGACCUCUACAUUAUGACAGCGGCGCAUUGCACAUCAGGUUUCCGCAAGGAGAGAAUGACGGUUCGUUUACUCGAGCACGACAGGUCAAUGCCUAAUGACACGAAGACUGUGGACAGGAAGGUGGCUGCUAUCAUCAGACAUCUUCGGUACAAUCCUAGCACUUACGACAAUGAUAUCGCAUUGCUAAAGUUGGAUGAGAGGUUGGACCUGAGUAAUGCUUUAAAGAAACGCACAGGCAAUGCAGAGGAAUCAGAUGACUCGGAUGUUGGGGCUCGUCCAGUGUGUUUACCACCGGCUGGUGUUUCCUAUAUGGACCAGACUGGCAUGGUCUCCGGUUGGGGCACUACGGAAGAAGGAGGUUCUGUUUCCAGCACACUGCAGGAGGUGAACGUGCCAAUAAUAUCAAACUCCGCCUGCCGAGACACAACUUACGGCAAUCGUAUUACUGAGAACAUGUUGUGUGCCGGAUAUGACGAGGGAGGUAGGGACGCUUGCCAGGGUGACUCCGGGGGACCUCUUCAUGUGUUGAACAGCACUACGGCCGCUUAUGAGAUUGUUGGUGUCGUUUCGUGGGGUGAAGGUUGCGCUAGGCCUGGCAAGCCUGGAGUAUACGCUCGAGUCAACAGAUUCUUAACUUGGAUUCGCAGUAACACAAGAGAUGCCUGCUACUGUCAAUAAGGCAUACUAUGGCCCGGCGGAGAGGAGAGUAACCUUAGUUCCGUAAAGUUUUGGUACAAUACAGAUUACAAUACAUGUUUACCAAGAUAAAUACUUAAAUAAUUUUUAAAUAUUGCCUUGUUCACAAGUAAAACGGAACUUUGUUGUUUUUGUACAUACAGAAAAUUUACAUUAAUCGUGGCUAUCGUAAUUUUUUUUAAAUAAAUACGGCAGCUUUCUAUAUUAUGCGAUCUCUUGCUUAAGAUUAGAUUGAAUCCAGAUUUUAUGUCAUCUGUGAAUCAAUUCAGAAUUUUCAUUUCAAUAUCUAAUUCAAAAUCCACAUCGUAUACAAUGAUAUUAUAGUAUUAAAAGGAAAACGCUUGCUCAUCACAUUCAUAAAAAUCAGUCAUCCCUUUACCAUCCGAUCCUUGAAGAAAAUAGCUUUUAAAAAGUUUUAAAGAUUAAUUAUUGAAAUGGUUUAAAAUAUGAUGCACCAAUUUAUUACAAGGAUUAAAAUAUAGAAAGUGGCCAAUUUAGUCAAACGUUGUAUAUCGAAAAAAAGCACAAAACAACAUAGUGAGAAAUACAGAAAAAACGACAUUUGUUUCAAAGCUUAGAUCAUUAAUACGUCUAGAUAGACUAUGAAACCUGUGAAAACGUCGAAAAAAAUUAAGUUUAGAGUUAGACCUAGGUCGCACUAUGGUUAAACCGCAGCGGUUUUUAACCGUGUGAGUUUAUGAAACAAGAAAAUGAAUAAAAGCGGCCGAACUUGCGGUUUUUUCGCGCGACUGAUUUUAAAAACUUGAAAUGUUAGAAAAUAGUCGCGAAUAAAUUUGUAAUUCAUAGAGCUUAGUGGCUAUACAUGCAAUAUGCGUUAAGAGCAGGUGUUUUUUUGCCUAGUAUUUGGCCGAAAGUCACGAAGAAUUGUCAUGUUGUCGCGCCAUUGAAAUAAUGUUAUCAUAGUCGGUUUCAAACGUAGACUACGAAACGCUAUCCCAGAAUUCCAAUUUUGUUUACAUGAAGGUGAUGUAUGGUCGAACAAUGUGCAAGAUUUUAUCGAAGCUGGCUACUGACAACCGACAGUACCUAAUUGAAAAAAAUAUCUGGGUGUUAUAUUAAAAUUCAAUAUUUGUUAUAAAAGAAACCUGUAUGCUGUAAUCUAGGGCUAGUUAGUAUAUAUAUUUGCAAAAUUUUAGUAGACGUCUUUUUUUUCUGAUUCUUAGUAUCAAAGCAACAUUACAUUGCUCUUUUGAAAUCCAUCUUUAAAUUGUAAAAAUCGCGGAUGGUUUCGCGGUUUAUAAUCGUGGUGUGUACGUUUCGGGCGGUUUUGCGGUUAGAGCGAUUAACCGCUCUCGGGAAUAAGCCGUAGUGUGGCCUAAGCCUAACUUCUAUUUUGAGCAAUUUACGCACAUUAACACAAAUUGUCAUACAAUUCGCGAGUGUUGUCACGCAUAUUAAAGUAAUAAACCUGGCCUGUUUUAACCGGUUGUCUAACAGCAAGAGACUCUAUGUAGACGUAUAAAUUAUCUAUGUUUCAAACCCUUAAAAUUCAAUAAUUAAGGAGUUUAAAUCGAUUUAAGAAGUAUUUUAUGUAUGUGAGAGAUAUUGAUGUGAUUGCAGCAAAUAGUUAUGAGGUACUGGGACCUAUAUUGUGUUUACCAAAGUAGCUAAUAACAUUACAUCUGUAACGAUAUGGAGUAUAUUAUUUUAUUCAUGAAAUCUAUUAUUAUUAAGAGUUUCGCAUUUAGUUACGUACAUUUGUAUGUAUUAUAAACUUAUUUAUUAUUCAUUAGUUACUAGGUUAAUUAUGAAUUUGUAAAAGAAGUCUUAUUUAAAAUAAAACGAUUAUAAUUCA